GCGGCGCACAGAGAUUCGUUCAAUUGAAUGCCGAAACACAACAAACACCACCGGGCAGGGACACAUUGAUCUCGCUGAGCUUUAGCUUUUGAGUUUCGACGAGGCUACGAAUAAAAUAAUGGUGAGCGGAAGUCGUGCCGCUUGCACUGUUUUAAUCGAACAUGUCCAAGCCGAGGACGCACUCGAUUGCUGCUGCUGCUGCUUCUUCUUCUUCUGGGUCUCCUGCCUUCGCUGAGCUGUGGAGGUCUGUUUCGAAAGCCUGCAAACCACAAGACAAGAACACGACGCGACAGGACGCAGAGACGCCAUCAGGGACCGUUUCCAAAGAGCUGCACAGUCCUCAGUGCAGAGGCUACAGCAGAUUCUUUGGGCUGAACCAUGGAGACUCUCCAAGUGAUAUGGAGCCUUCUCAGGACAUCAUCUGGGAUUCCACGUCGCCCCCUAAAGCGGGGAUGGACCCCAGGAAUGUCAGAUCAGUGGAAAUAUCCGACAUUGUUAAUCGCAUCGCACCAAAGGACGUGAAACUACGAGGGCCUCGGUCUCCCAUGUGGCAGUGGAUCGGUGAUAGCACCACUUUGACCCCCGAGAUGCCAAAACCAAGAGUGAGGAAGAAGUCCAUUCGGAAGAACAGCGUGGAUGACCUCAUGAUGUUAGCCCGGAAGUUUGAUGAGAACAUGCAGCAGGACAAGGAGGCCUCGGAGCAUCUAAACACAAACGACAACAACAACGAGUGUGACACAACAAAAACGCAGAAGUCUUCAUUGAAUCGGACAGAGGCGGAGCUGCACGCCCUUUUUGACUCUUCCACCCAAGGAGUCAGUGGCGGGCUCAGCCCAAUCUCAUCCAGACCGUCUCCUUCCCAGGGAGGAAGCAGUCAAGCAGAGGGACCACAACCAUACAAGCUGAAGUCAGCGGGUACUUCAGCUACUGUAAGUGUAAGCAAGUGUGAUGACUUUGACGACGACUGGGAGAAUGACGACCUCCUUAAUGACUCAUUUGUACUGGCUAUGACGCAGAACCCGGACAGCUUUAAAACGCCCUUGGCGUCAAACGCUAAACAAUCUGUAUGCCAGCGCACUGCCUCCAAAAAGCCUUCAGAGCCCGCUCGGUUACUCCAGUCCAAGCCGGACAUCAGCACUCUUCAGCGACUGUGUCCCCAAGUCAGGACCACCAACAGACGCACUUUCAAGUUAGAGCCUAACCCUCACUUCCAAACAUCCACUGAAGGUGCAUCCAAGUCCAGCGACACUUCAAUGCAACAGAAAUUACAGGCAUCGGAGAAAAAACCUGCAGCCUCAAAGACUAUUUACACCAAAAUCGCAGACCAAAAGCAGCCUUGUGUUGCUGCAGACGCGCGAAAGGACGUUUUAUGGGACGACUGGGACGAGGACGACGCUCUCUUCUACCAGGUGUGCGACACCGUGGAGUGGCUCUCCAACAGCCAGCCUGAGCAGGAGAAACCAGCUGAGGCCACUGACCGACCGGCAAAGACAACCUCUGCGCCUCUGCCAAUCGACAAAACACUUCCAACAAACACCAACAAAUCACCUCGCGCUUUUGUCCGGUCUAACUCGCUACCUGAAGGACGGCGCGGUGCAGUGAAGGGCUGGACCAGCAGACCAGGAAUGUCUCAGAGCCUACCAGAAGGCCAAAAAAGCAGUGAUUCCUCUGGAAGUCAUGUUGACGUGAAAACACGUACAGUGACUGCUGGUCUGCAGCCCUCCAAGGCUGCCUUCAAGAGGAGCGUAUGUGACUCAGCAGCGAAAAGCAACAAAGUGUUUGUCACCAGCCAGAUGACGAGAAAGUGCUCGGCGGCCGAAAUUGAGAGGAAGAAACAAGAAGCUUUGGCCAGGAGGCGGCAGAGAAUGCAGGACAUACAAAAACCAUAGAAAGCAAAGACUGGAUGAUAGUGCCUUUUGUUGCAAGAGUGAAAAAACCGAGCAGAAAGACAAGUUUGCUGCUUGUGUGACACCAAAAGGACAAUCGGAGAGAUUAAACUUCAUUCUGUCACACUUUGUUUGGUCUAAGUUGUUCUGAUGUCUGACUGAAUGCAAAAGAUACUGUAGGCAGCUGAUGAAUACUUGAACAUGUUGAUACGUGGUUUACGUUAACUGUGACAGUGUUGUUCACCCAUGCAAACACACGUCUUACAUUGUUUUUGCUUUGUAUGUCUUUAGGUUUUAUCAUCAGAUUUGUUUUUGUUUUUUCAACGGCCCACUUUGAUUCCUGUAGCAACAGAACGUCCAUGCAUGCUGUGCACUUUUGGAGGACCGUUUUAGUGACAAUACGAGAAUCUUGACAGCAGAGCUGAAGGACUUCUGUCAUGAUGUCUUUUUCUGACUACUAGGAGAAAUAAACACA